GAAGGAAGUCAUUUUGAACGCCACCUCUAGUCGCUGAUGUGGCUCACUUAUCAAAAGUGAAAGUAUAGCUCACGGAUCAGCUGUAAUGGGAAACACCUAAAAACUGACGCGCCUUGGCAGGGCCCAAGCCGUCAGUCUGGAGUGAGGAUUAGUCGGGGUAUAGUGUGAAAAACAGAUUCUUUCAGAACAACAGAAAAAACCCCAAAUGCCUAUAAAACCCAGUGCAGCCCCCCAGUCAUCAGCAGCCUCCAGUUACAUUUUUCCCAGGAUGCAUUGCAUGGACCAGCUCCAUCAUACGUCUCGGUGAGAAGCAGCCAGCCAGUGGAUCGACUUAUUACACCUAAAAGAGCUGGAGGUUUUACACAGUAAGUCAGACAUGUCGCCUCCAUCUCCAUCUCCGUCUCGGUCUCCCUCUCUCAACAGUGAUUGGUCAACAGCCAGCACAUUCAGCCGGAGGACUUUCUCACCUGGUGUUAUUCAAGCAUAUGAACGUUGUGAGUUCUCUCACAACUCUGCAUCUUCAAUGUGGGCUCCAUGUCCCACAUCUGACCAGUCAGAGGAUGAAGGCAGUUCAUUUAAAAGAAGGAUGAAACUGGAGCAGAUCCCAUCCCCCUGCCUGUCUUUCAAAAGUGAUCAGUCUAUGGGUGAACCCCUAACAUUCAGAAAUAAAAACAUUACUCCAGACAUCAGGAGGAAACUGGGGCAGAUCCCAUCCCCCUGUCUGUCUUUCAAAAGUGAUCAGUCUAUGGGUGCACCUCUAACAUUCAGAAAUGAAAACAUCACUCCGUAUUUCAGAGAAUCGCCCAGCAGCUUGGAUUAUUGGAGGUAUUUGAUUUGUAAAGACUUGCUGAAUGAACCCAUGUCCAUUUCCCGUGGACACACUUUCUGCAAAACCUGCAACCUGUCCUACUGGGAGAAACCAACUCAUGAGAAACACUUCUCCUGUCCUCAGUGUAGGAAGAGGUUUAAAACUCGUCCUGAAAAGAUAAACAUAUCACUGGAUCACAUGCUGAAGCAGGCUGGAUUCAGUCCUGCACUUCCUGCUCAGAGCUACGCUGGACCUGGAGACAUGGCCUGUGAUCUCUGCACACGGAAGAGGAGGAGAGCAGUGAAGUGGUGCCUGACCUGCAGUGUAGCGUACUGUGAGAUCCAUGUGAGGAAGCACUACACUGUAGAAGCUCUGCAGAAACACGAGCUCACCGACGUGACGGGGGAUCCGGAGACGAGAACCUGCCAGCUGCACCACAGAGCUCUGGAGGCCUUCUGCAAAACCGAACAGGUCUUCAUUUGUCUUGUCUGUGUGAUGGAGGAACAUAAAGAUCAUGACACUGUCCUGACCAAAGGUGGAAGUCAUGGAGCUGAGGCAAAAUUAACAGCAAAUCCACACCCAACAGCCAUCCAGCAGAGAGAGAUGAUGCAUAUCCUCAAAUACAUUGAAGAGCUGACAACAAAAGUCAAGAGCCUCGAGAGAACAGAGUCCGAGUUCUCUCACCUGUCCAAGCGUUUCUUCAGAGGACUUCAGGAUGCCCCGGUUUCAGAUUUUACCUCAGAGUUUGUGGAAGUUGCUGCACUGGGUCGCCGGAUGGAUCUUGGGAUGUUGUAUGACUGCCGCAGUGAUUCCUUCAGCUCUGAUAUCUUUCUGUGGGAAAAGAACCUAAUAUCCUUCAUGAAGCUGUCAAUCCCUCGACCCCAGACUGAUGUGAGGAUUUUAGAUGGAGAUUCUCUACAGGACAGACUUACAGCUUUAGACCUGAGCCUUCCUCUGAGGGCUAGUGUUGUAUCAGGGCUGGUGGAGAUGACUGGGGCUUCUGCAUUUAUUGAUCAUCCCGUUCAGACCGAGCUGCAGGACCGGGUCACUGUGCAUUACAGAACCUCCACCAGACUGGACAUGCUCAGUCAGGAACUGCUACAGGACAGAUUUCUCUCGGUGACCGGCUCGACCACGGCAACACAUGUGGUUGUAGCUGUGCUUUACGGAUCUCAGGCAUUUUUUGUCUUUGAUAGCAAGAAGGACAGUAGCACUGAAAAGACAGACCUGAAAGGCAUGAUGACGAAGAUGAUCGCUUCCUCCAGUCAGAUUGAUCUACUCUCCAGGCUCGUUGAAAAAGAAAUAACUGCUUCCUUUGUCGAUGGAGAUGUUCUGCAACAUUCUGUAGGGAGGGCACUUCAGAAUGCAGGAGCAGUUCCUCUUAAAGUCUGGCUCUACCCUCUGAAGAAUCUGAACCAAACAUCAGCUUGCGUCGUUAAGGACAUCAGUCGAGAUCAGUUAUAUAAAGCAGAGGACGUUCUGGCAAAACUAAAGACGGACAUCAGCUUCUCUCAACAUCUGAUGUCUGUUGUUGGUGGUCAUGAUGUAUUUACACAGUUUUCAGCUUUAAAAGAAGCUCUGUCUGAGUUUUCUUCACUUCUGCAGCAGUACCAGUGCGAUUUUCAGAGAAGACUGGCCUCCUGUAUUAAGACCAUACGAAGCACAGGAGCAGUAGGGGAAGAGGAGAACUUGCAAGAUCUUCUGGACAGAAAUGACCAAUCUCCAUUCAGCUCACAGUGCAGGUAUCAGUGGCUCCAAAACAAAAACGCUGAGGUUAAAGCUUUGAGCCAGUGCAAAUCUGCUAACAUCAGAAUCAUGAGCAAUCAAAAUGACCUACAGCACUUUGUCAAGGACUGCAAAGCAUAUGAAGUAUGGUGUUUAAUUUUUACCUCACUGGAGGGAGAAGAUCCAUUUCUUUCAGCUCUGAGGCAGCACAAUGAGGCCAGAAACAUUCGGGAAGCAUUCAGGAUUUCAGAUACAAAUAAUAAAAUCAUCUCUGAUCUUUAUUCAUUCAUUUUAAAGAAAACUACAAGUGAGAGUAUGCAAGCAACCAGGUUCAUCGCUGCAUCUGUACCUGAUUUACAUUUUCCUGGCUCUGCCGUACAUCUUUACCAGUCUGGAGAUUUGGUCAGCCGGAACGUAAAACUCCACGUAAAACCAGAUGCACCAGGAAUAAUUUCAGUGCAACAGACACGUGUGACGAUGAAACUGCAAAGUUUAAAGACCCAAAUGACUAGAUCUUACAGAGUGGAGUACAGAACAGUGCUGGAUGACCGAAGUUCUGUAGAUAUGAAAUGCAGAGUCAUCUCUUGCACUGGAGAGAACUGUGUGGUUUCGGGUCUUGCACCAGGAACUCGCUACCAACUCAGAUACGCUGUAAUGGACAGUGACGAAAUGACCGACUACAGUGAAGUUACAGAGUUUCAGACUGCCUCCAGAGACAGUCCUGGAGCACUGACAGUGCUGAAACCGACUAAGGACUCUCUGUACAUUGCCUGGCAGAGGGCUGAGUCUGAUGAAGACUCCCCUGUGCUCUACUACACAGUGGAGUAUUUGGAGGCUGGGCUGGAUGGCUGGCAGUCCAUUCAAACCAAUGGGCCUGUGUGUGAGUGCAAAAUAGCUCUUCCAUACAGCACCUGUUAUAGAGCCAGAGUCUCUGCUGUCUAUGGAGAAGGAGACAUCAGCACUCCAAGUGAAACAAAGGUUCCUGUUCGUGUAUGGUCCAUCGAUCUCUCCAAGAGAAAGGCGUCUAUUUUCCUAGAGGUCCUGAAACUCCAAACAACAAAGAAAUGUGUAAAGCUUAGAGACUGCACAGAUGAAGAGAGCGAAGUGAGAAGUUUCCUUCAGUGUCUGUCCUACAUUUCUCAGCUGAGCGUUGAUCCACCUCAGACUUCGAGAGAAUCACUUCACGCAUGGAGAAAUAAAAUGACGUCAUUCCUGACAAAUCUCUGUCUGCAAGCAGUAAUCCAUCACAAAGACAGCAUUCUGGAAACUUUACAGAAAUUGCCUUUACACUAUUUUAAGACUUACCAUGAACAGUCUGCUUUCCUGCUGGACCUGUACUCACGUGUAAAGGACUACGAGAUUCAGACAGGCCAGGAGGUCCGACCAGCGUUACAGGCUGUUUACCAGAAACUUCCAGAAGUUUGGUCUAUAAACCUGUCUAAGAUUAAAGCUUCACUCUUCCUGGAAGUGCUGAAGCUCCAGAUGGUGAAGAAAGCAGUAGAGCUGAGAGGAUGGUCAGAGGAAGAGAGUGAAAUGAGGAGCCUUCUACAGUGUCUGCCCUACAUCUCUCAGCUCAGUUUUGUUCCACUCCAGCCUCAAAGAGAAUGCCCACAAGACCGGAGGAAGAGAGUGAGAGAAUUUCUGCUGGACCUGUGUCUGCAAGCAGCUCUCCACCAGAAUGAGCAGAUUCAGACAAUCGUGGAGAAAUGUUUCAAGACGGACAAAGAAACUUCCGUCUUCCUGCUGCUUCUUUACUCGCAUGUCAGAAACCACGAGGCUCAAGCAGGCAGAAGCAUUCUUCCAGCCUUACAGUCCGUUUACACGUCACUCCCUAAAAUCUGGUCCAUAAACCUCUCAGAUAAAAUGGCUUCGCUCUUCCUGGAAGUACUGAAACUCCAGCCGGUGAAGAAAGCGGUGGAGCUGACAGGAUGGUCAGAGGAUGAGAGUGAAAUGAAGAUCCUGCUUCAGUGUCUGCCUUACAUCUCCCAGCUCAGAUUUGGCUUCGUUCUGCGUGGAAAAAGAAAGCAGAAUACCACCUUGCAGUUUCUAGUAAAGCUGAUCGCUGGAGCCGCAGAGUCUAGUGCAGAAACAGGAGAGAACUUCACCGAACUGCUGGCGUCUCUGUGCAGCUUCAGAACCUUCUCGUUUUCUGGAGAAGAUCAGGAAUUUGACAGCGUUGCCUACUGCAACCUGCUGCUUGACCUGUACUUGCAUGCAAAGGACUAUGAGUCUGAAACCUGCAGGAGCGUCCUUCCAGCAUUACAGUCAAUUUACGAGUCACUCCCUGAAGUCUGGACCAUCAACCUGACAGACAAAAAAGCUUCACUCUUCCUGGAAGUGCUGAAACUUCUAACAGUGAAGAAAGUGGUAGAGCUGACGGGAUGGUCGAACGAGAAGAGGAAAGUGAGAAGCUUCAUUCAGUGUCUCCCUUGCAUCUCUCAGCUCAGGCUGGGCAGUGAUAUACUGGUAGAAAUGGCACAGACGAAGUCGUUAAGGUGUCGCACUCCUGUGAUGCUUGAUGAGCUUUCACUCACUGAGAGCAGCACUAAGCAACCAGAGGGAAUGGCUUGUGAGCUCCCUAGAAGCCUGGGUUUCCUUCUGAAAUGCUGGAAAAUACAGCGUUUGAACCUGACUGAGUACAAAACAGCAGACGAGUCACUGAUAGACCUACUCAAUCAUCAAGGACCUCUAACAGUCAGGUUCUCUGAAGAGACUCUCCAGAAGUGGGCUAUGGUUCUUUAUGAAGUUCGGGAUGAAGAUCUUACUCGCCUUUUCCUGCAAAACGUGGAUGGAGACCUGAGUUCCUGCUCUCUGAGCUGGGAUGUGAUUCACUGGUUCCUGCAGCAUCACCGGGUCACUGUAGACUUUAAAAGAAGCACCAUUAAACAGGAAAACCUCCAAGACCUUCUGUCUGUGCUGGACAAAAUUCAUCUCAGAGGGUUGAAGUCCAGCUUUGUGUUGUCCAUCAUGAGAAAGCUUUAUGAGACCGGUUCUGCUCACUUGGUAUCCAGCCUGUUGAGUUCAACAAAUAAUUGCAUUAACCUGGAGAACAGACAGCUGGACUCUGUGGACUGUGCUGCACUGAGCUUCACCCUGCAGCACUGCACAGGUGUCUCUCUCAACCUGCUGUGGACCUCCGUACCACAGGGGGAGCUACAGAGCAUCGUACCACUACUCCGCCAUGUUUCCCAUCUCAGGGUUGACCGUCUGCUGCUGCUGAGACUGCUCCACUGCUUCACUGUUCCUGAGCUCCAGCAGGAGGCAGCAGUACUGCUCUCUGCUCUACACCACAAGCUGGACUUCUCCUGCCAUGACGCUCUGGACCUCACAGCAGACACGAUGACAUUCAGUCUGGUUCUGAGCAGUGAGUACUGCAGGGUCAUCUCCACGGCUAUCCAGAUAUCUCACUCACUCGUUCAGCUCGUUAUUCAGGACUGUGAGAUGGAGGAGGCAGCAGUGGAAGAGCUGUUUCCUGUUCUACACACAGUCACACUGCAGUGCAGUAAAGAUCUGCUGCUCCGAUUCCUGUGUCGUGUGGAUCUGGGAACGGAGGAGGAGAGAUUCAGCCGAGCGAGGAAUCUCUCCAGGGCUUUGAGAGAGGAACUGGACCUGAGUGAGACCCAGCUGAACCUGCAGGCUUGCAAAUCACUGGCGUUGGUUCUGGAAUAUUCUGAAGGGCUGUUGCAACUGGACCUCAGCCACUGUCAGAUCACUGACCAGCUGCUGGAGCCACUGAUGCCACACUUACGUAAAACCCGCGUCCUCGACCUCAGUCACAAUCACAUUACUGACGUCGCAGCUAGAAACAUCUAUGUCCUCUCAAUAAACAGCAACAUUCAGACUGUGUGUCUCUUCAACAACAGAAUCACAGACUCCUCACUCUUUCUCCAGGACAAGCGCUUUGAGAUUUGGUGAUCCUCACUGGAAUGAAAAGUAUGGAAGUAUAAUAGUGCCAAAAUUCUUUUCUUAGUGCAAAAAACUUGUCACAAAAAAGAAGUUUGAAUUUUUCUGCUUUUGUAUUUACAAAAAAAAAAUCCUCCGGGUGCUCCGGUCUCCUCCCACUGUCCAAAGACCUGCUAUUAGGCUGAUUGGAGUCUCUAAAUUGCCCGUAGUGUGUGAUUGCGUGAGUGAAUGAGUGUGUUUUUAUAUUGCAUGUGUAAGAGAGAAAAUGUAAUGAAUUUAAUGAACUCCUUUUUACUAGCAAAGACUCUGAAAUGAUGGGAGGAGUCAGAAAACAGAUUUUUUUUUUAUAAAGUUGCAUACUGUUUGUGUUAAUUUGUGUUUAUUAUUAAACAUCCUUAUUAAAAUCCAAGAAACGCUCCUGCAAUGGACCAAGGGAUAAGUUAAAUUAGUUUUAUUAAUUAACAGGGCAGUAUGAGUUAUUUUAUCUUUUUUGUGUCUCCGGCACAAUGGUAGUCAAUAAGCGAAGUUACGUUCUUUUUUAGACUAAUAUUAGAUUAAAAUAAGUCAUACUGCCCUGUUUAUUAAUAAAUCUAAUGUAACUUACCCCCUGGCACCUUGUCUUCACAGCCCACAAUCCCUGCGCUCUCACUCAGAGCCAUGCAGGUACAAGAAUCAGCAGUGAUUCCCCUCCAAGUGGACUGUACAGGGAGCAGGAUGUACACUUUAAAGUGCACUGCGACACGGGCCGAGAAAUCGGCAAUACAUUGCUCUUCCUGUAAUAGCCUAGAUGUUAAUACCUGAAUAUUUUCCACCUGAAUUUAAGGCUCAUAUUUUUCCACCUGAAUUUUAAUACCUGAAUUGUUUCCACCUGAAUUUGUGAGGUUGAAAAAUAAUAGCAGAAAAAUUCAAACUUCUUUUUUGUGACUCUUUUAUUCAAUUCAUGUGAUACAGUACUUAAGUAUUUUUUGAGAGUUUUUGUACUUUACUUAUCUUUAUAUUUCUGUCAACUACUUUUUUGAAACAAAUUCUACACUUUUACUCCGAUACAUUUUCUGUUCGGCAUUUUCGUCACUUACUACAAAAAAAAACCUGCGUCCAAAUUUGUGGAAAAGGAAGUUUGUGGUCCACACGUAGCUGGGUAUUUUUUUUUUUUUUUAAAAACGGAGAUUUUUCAACUUUUUUUUAGUUUUUCAACUUUUUUUUUUUAUUCUGUCCACACGACCUACGUGUUAAAAAUAUCUUUUGUCCACAUGAAAACAUAAAACACCCUCUUAAGUGUUGUCAGGAGCUUGCCUAGCCAAUCAGAAGCAAGUACAGAAGAAGUACAGUUUAUUUCAGAUACUUUUACUCAAGUAGAAUUAUGAAGGUUGACUAACUUUUACUUGAGUCAUUUUCUAACAAAAUACCUGUACUUUUACUAAAGUGUGGUUUUUGGGUACUUUAUACAACACUGCAGAAAAGUUGUUGUGCUUAUCAGCUAGCUGACCUAGCUAGGCAUGAAAAACCUCUGUAUGCUAGUACUAGAAAGCUCAAGCCUUUGUGCUAAUAUCUAAAUAAGAUCAGUGUAGCUUUAGCACUUUUUAACAAAUGGUUUAGCUAGCUUUUACUAGAAGUAGUGAACUGUGGACUGGAGAAAUCCAAUCUUGAGAAGUCAUGUGGCUGAAAACGCACCUAAGUGGCCUCUAUGAAGUGAAAUAACAAGAAUCAGGUUGCAGACAAGUUGCAGAGCAAACUGAAUGGUCAACAGGAACAUGUUCUCCAUAUUGGCAGGACAUCAUGAGUAAAGGUGCUCAGAUAUGUCCAGAGAGGCAGAAUGGAUCUAAAAUGGUAUGAAAAUCAGAUUCUCUCUCCAGUUUAUCUAACUGGAUGAAACUUGGAUUUCUGCUACAGAGAACAGUUAUAACAACCGUGACGCUCAGUUAUCUGCUAUGCAGAAGACAGUGGAUAGACUUCAGCUGAAAGCAGAUGAUCUGGAGAACUGCAGUUGACGGGAAGAAUCUGAAGACUGGUAAUCUCCCGGAGAAAGCGGAGGGUUCUACCCCACUGCCGGCGGAGGUUUUGUGCAAACAUUGCGAGUUGUUGUGAGUGAAAUUGAUGGCCUAUUACAAUGUACUAUGGCUUUGCUUUUCCAGCACGGCUCCAACUAAAGAAUCAAAAUAAUGGUUGUUCAAUUAAUAUAAUGCGGAAUGUAAGUGGUGUCAUUUUACUUUGACUUUCAAGGAUUUUUUAUAAAUUUCUCUAUAGCUCAGAAUCAAGAGUGACGGACUCUGACAUCACUGCCUACCUAAAUAAAAUUUCACUACAGUUAUGCACAGAGGAAGAUCAUUCUAGCUCACAUGCUUCAUUUACAGUGGAGGAGGUCUGGGCGGCAAUUCGGUCCAUGCCGAUUGGGAAAUGUCCCGGUCCGGAUGGUUUCCCAUUCAUUCAUUCAUUCAUUGUCUAUACCCGCUUAUUCCUAGGACUCCUAGGGUCAUGGGGGUCUGCUGGAGCCUAUCCCAGCGCACAUAGGGCGAAAGGCAGGGGUACACCCUGGACAGGUCGCCAGUCCAUCGCAGGGUUUCCCAUUGGAAUUUUUCAAAAUAUUCUGGCCGAAAAUCUACCCAAUACUUAUACCUGCUACUAACAACAUUUGGAAAGGCAAAAUCCCUCCCUCCUGGAGACACGCUUCAAUUAGCUUGGACAAGGACACUUUUUUCAUGUAUUCUGAACUGUGUUCCUGUGAUCUUAUUCAACCAUUUUGGAGAGGAGGUCAUUCUGUAAUGCAGGAGAUAACAGGGAAACGUUUCAUUUCAUUUCAUUUCAUUUGUUUGUCUGAUCAUUUUCACCGUUAGUGUUUGCACUAUUAGAAAAUUCAUAAUAAAUAAUUAUAACAAUAAAUCAGUCACUAAAUAGUCACUACACCACAGGUAAUGAAUGGACUUUUUAUUUUUCCUACCCUGAUGUUUGGUUGUGGUUCAGCGUCCUGCUUAAAACCAAAGCUGAAGCAUAGACUGGAACCAAAGUUCUUCAGCAUCAGAGGCCACACUGCUGACCACUACACCAAAGGGUGAAGAAAAGGACUAGUUCCCUUCCUUCGAUGAUUGGUUGUGGUUCAGCUGCCUGUUGUGUGUUAAAAACCAAAGCAAGAGCAUAGCCUUGAACCAGAAACCAUCAGCAGCAGAAGCCAUCACACUCACCACUACACCACUGCUACAGGUGAUGUCUGGUGUUCAUCACUUCCAUAACAGGAAGUCAGUACAGGAAGUGACAUGCUGAGCACAUGGAAGAGACUGAGAGCAAGACAGGACUUUGAAUGUGAAGGUUUGUGUAUUUUAACCGAUAUAUUUGAAUUUGUAUCAUAUUACAGAUUAUGAGAAUGGUUUCUUUUCCCUAAAUUAUUUUCAGAUUAUUUACUUGUUCACAAACGUUACAUCACCAUCCUCAUACAUCCUACUGUAUGUUGUUGAGUGUGUCAUGCCGAUUAAAAGUGUUCUAUAUGCACUGAUCAGCCAUAACAUUAUGACCACCUGACGACAAUAUUGUGCUUGUCCCCCUUUUGCUGCCAAAACAACCCUGACCCUUCGAGACAUGGACUCCACUAGAUCCCUGAAGGUAUGCUGUGGUAUCUGGCACCAAGAUGUGAGCAGCAGAUCCUUUAAGUCCUGUAAGUUGCAAGUUGCGGUGUCCAUGGGUCAAAUUUAUAGAACUUAAAGGAUACUUACAGGACUAAAACACUUGAGACACUUUUGAUAGAUACUGACCACUGCAGACCGGGAACCCCCCCACAAGAGAUGCAAGAGUUUUGGAGAUGCUCUGAUCCAGUCGUCUAUCCACAAUCACAAUCACAAUUUGGCCCUUUGUUCAAACUCGCACAAAUCCUUACGCUUGUCCAUUUUUCCUGCUUCCAACACAUCAGCUUUAAGGACAAAAUGUUAACUUCCCACCCACUAACAGGUGCCAUGAUGAGGUCAGUGUUCACCUGUCAGUGGUCAUAAUGUUAUGGUGUAUAUAUAUCUAUAAAAGCAGGAGUAGCAGUGUUUAUAUACAGCACCUGAAAUCCACCACUGAGGUCUUUUAAAUGCUCUUUAUUAAUAAAUAAUAAUAAAAAUUCACCUUUUAACCGACA